GCCAAAGUCAACCAACCAGAAAACCAGAUUUUCCCCAACCUGCUGGUUUUCGUUCGCGGCCAUUGCUGACCGCGCGAUGGCGAUACAGGAAUGUUUUGAGAGGUGCGAGGUCGAGAACCCAAGGAAUUUGUUCGUGUCUAUUUCGUCUGGCUUUGUAUUCGCCCUGGCUUGGUGGAUAGCUAUUGAUGCUGCUUCUAUAUACAGCACAGAUCAGCUUCCCGGAGCUUAUCACACCCCGGGCGUAUUCGGAACGAUCGCGUUUGUCUUGGUUAAUAUGGUGCCGAACUCGGCUUUACAAGACGAUUACGGCGAAAGACGAAUCGGCCGCCGUGGAGCCUUCUUCUGUCUCUUUUUUGCUUUCCUAGUAUCCUUCAGCUGCGUUAUUGCCUCAUGUUGGAUCCUAUUUGGAGCUUACGUAGCCGUUGGGAGCUCGAACGUAUGGCCUGGUGUUGCCAUACUUCUGCAAAAUCUGCUACUAUGUGCUGCAUCCCUGACAUUCCGUUUCGGGAGAAAACAGGAUGACUGAGAAAUACUUCCUUACACUCAUUACAUCUGUGGAACAAUGACGUAUUCUUUCCAUAUGAACCAUACCAACAAGAUUAUGAGACUUUAUCACAUUUAUUCGCAUAUUUGUCAUUUAGUUAACUGCUUCAUAUACUGUACAUAUCAUUAUAAAAUUUGUUCAUCACGAACAGCCGAGGCCCAAUAGGCAACACUCCACUUGUGUCUUGCUCAUCGCUGGGGGGAAGCUGAUGAACGGCUCUAAAACAAAUUGGGGAUUAUGACCGGACCAGUAAUGAUUACCUUUGAACGGAUAUCGCUUUCGACCUUCAUUCUGUUGGAC